CGAAGUGCCGGCUCGUGCGGACGCGUCGCGCUUACCCCGUAAAGACAAAACGAGACGCACAUACGUGACCGAUAACGCUAGAGCAGGACAGCAACCCAGUUUUCAACAGGUCGUCGUUGAGUAGAAGUAUGUGCUAUUUUAGCAUAAUAGUGAUCAUAUUUGACUGUCGCUUCCUGUGAGCCGUUUGUGAAAUCCGUUCGAAAUGAGGUUACGUGCUUUCAAGUGGCUCCUUCUGUUUCUUUCCUGCGGACUCGUCUCAGUUGAGAGUAUGGAAGACGUUUGGGUAGAGCUCCGAGCGCCACGGUUUGUGGUGCACGGCCACAGCGCUGUGAUGCGCUGCGAACACAAUGUCGACCCCCAAACUUUGUAUAAGGUGGUGUUUUUCAAGAACGGACAACGUAUCAUGCAGUACGUACAGGGUCGAGAUCCGCCCUUCGAGCUGUACAACUUCACAGGGGCUGAUAUAAGUUUAGUAAAAAUGACUCCAACAUCCCUAACGUUGGAGAGAAUGGAUUUUCCGGCGUCCGGUCCUUACGCGUGCGAAAUCGCCUUGGAAAUACCUCUAUAUUCAAAGGCGUCCAAAAUACAUGAAGUGAGCGUUAUUGUUCGGCAAAAAUACCGUCCAAAAAUCAAGAUUAAACAUAAAAAACUUUCGUCCAAUGACGAUCUAGAGGCUAUCUGUCAGAGCUCACCGGCGCAUCCCGCGCCACACCUAACGUGGCUCAUCAAUAAUGUAAAAGUUGAUGAAAGGCUGACCAUUCCUCACGGGACGGUUAACGUCCACCGCCAUCAUCACGGUAUGCCGCUCUCCUUAACCAACUCCUCGUUACGGUUUCCCCUCACUAACCUGCAACUGUUCCCGAAUCAGACGGUUGAAAUCACCUGUCUCAGCACCAUACCCAGUUACGCAAACCUCAACGACGGGUUUGCGGAUGUGCAAAACCAUACAGUUACGGUGAACGUUAUACGAAUGGAACCCGCGCCGACACAGCUACCUGUUAAGAUAAUUACUCUAGAACAUAAUCACUCAAACGAUUUAAUAAUAAGCCAUGGCACUAAGUAUGCUGUAACGCCUAAGGACUCUCCUAAGGAAGCUCCACGAGUGGAGAUAGGCAUGGAUGGGGACCACGGACGCGUAUGUCGAUCCCGCAGCCUCGCCGAUCGUUGUCGAAGAUAG